AGAAAAGGUAGCAAAAGUUUAGGAAAAGCUGGUUUUGUUCACAUGUUCGCUACUUUUUGCUUUUGUCUGUUAUACCAGACUUGUACAUAUUUCAAGCUUCAACGAAAGAGCCAAGAUCCUGGAAGUUUUUGUGGCCUUCAACCGCUUUGGCAAGGACUUAUUGAGAAGAUUACUAAGGUGAUAUUGCUUGGGGGAAAAUGAUCAAUUCACUGUAGACAAUAUCAUGAAAGUUAAUUACAGAAGACUUCAGCAGUUUUAGGGAUAUGGACUUACAUAUUGAGGGAUGCCAAGGUAAGGCUAGAACUGAUAGCCCUUAUUCAACAUGUUCUGUUAAGUUAAUCAUGUUUUUAAUUUUUUGGUCUCAUAAAAAUAAGCUAGUGCCUUUGCU